UGAUAGAGAAGGUUUAGGGGAUGUUUCUUCAAGAAAUAUUAAUGUUUUCAGAGAGAAGGAAUCACCUUUCCUGAAAUGCAACGCUAGUAAACACUCUGGAUGACAUACCUCACAAGCCUAGCCUAAGAAAACCUUUUUUUUUCAAUUUUGGUUUGGAGUUGUUAGGAUAAUAAAGUUUGUGUACUGUUUGUACCAAUCCUCAACAGGCUACAAAGUAUAAUAGAGACCUCACAGUCGAACUGUGCCAAAUAUAUGUAAAACAUGACUUCCUCUUUCCCAUUCUUUACAAAUAUCCAUUCCUGCUGCAAAACCAGAUGGCAUACACUACAUUUACGCAUUUUUCCGUUUCCCCAUUGUUCUGGGAAAAAUACGAACAAGAAUAAUUGUGUGUUUGUUCGAGACACCUUUGUUGUUGGAAACUUAUCUAGGAAAACUGAUUCAUUAAAUAUUAUUUCUUUUAUACAUUGUUUCCGAUACCAAUAACAGUCACCUAUGGAUAACUCCGUCUCUCAUUUAUAAAUAUACCCAACUUUGCCCAAAGUUCGCUAAUACUCGCGUGGUUUUGGACAAGAUGAGAUUUGUUGUGAUUUUUUUUAUCGUCUAUAUAUAUGAGUUGUACAGUUUUCCUCAGGAGGAUACCAUCAACAGGCCGGAGAGCUGUGCUUCGGACCAGACGAGAUGCAUUUUUGGAGUUUACGAUUACGGAGUAUCUACAAAAGAUCGGGUUCUCAUUGUGGACAAACACAACGAAUACCGUCAGCAAAUUGCUGAGAACUAUGUACCAAAUCAGCCGAGAGGCGUGGAUCUUAUGAAGCUGAAAUACGACUCACAUCUGGCGGUUUUGGCGCAGAGGGUCGCUGACAAGUGUCAUUUCGGAUACAGCAAGAGUCAACAGGACGAAAUGGCCAUAGGGGAAAAUCUGUUCAUGACCAUGGCCGGCUCCUACGAAGAUAAACCGAAUUGGACUGAAGCUAUUGAAAAUUGGUGGUCCCAGCAUGACAUGUAUUUAUUUGGAGGCGAAAUUGUUCCUGAGAAUAGGCAUUAUGUACAGAUGGUGUGGGCCAAAACUUCAAGAAUAGGUUGUGGCUACGUUGCUUUCCCCUUGAAAUGCGGCCAUUUUAUCUACUACAGGUUUUACGUCUGCAACUACGCACCAGGAAUCACCUUAUCAGGCGACGUUACUUACCCAUAUAAAAAUGAAUCAGGAUUGCCGAGCACACCAUGUUAUGAACUAUGUAAUUAAUGUUUCCACUGUGUUAUUUUUGUCAUGUAUUUAUUGAAUAAAUUAUUGAAAAUUC